AUGCAUGAUGAAGGAGCAACACAUUACAAUUCAAUUAUUGAUCAGCAUAGUUUAGGUGCUGAGUUCUUACGUAAUCAGUUCGGUGAUUGUGCUCGACCGAAAAUCGGCUGGCAAAUCGAUCCGUUUGGUCACUCACGAGAAGUAGCUUCACUCUUUGCACAGAUGGGCUUCGAUGGUCUUUUUUUCGGACGAGCUGACUAUCAAGAUGUUGCAAAGCGAAACAUGACAAGAACAAUGGAAAUGAUCUGGAAAGCGAGUGCCAACUUAGGUGAAGUGAUGGGCAUUAUUCAACAUCAUGACGCCGUUAGUGGAACAGAGAGACAGCAUGUUGCCGAUGAUUAUGUUCAACGAUUAUCGGAUGGUAUUGACAGAACAGUGUAUCUCCCGAUUCCAGACACUACAAAAACAAUUCCGGGGCGAACAAGUGCUGCUCAAAAUCAAUAUAUCUUCGAAGCAUUAUUACCUGCACUUGGCUACAACACCUACUAUUUCGAAGCUAGAAGUAUGUACAGUUAUUAUAGAUAA